AUGACACUUGUUGUUAGAUUUGUUGAUAAGCAUGUAUUUGUCAAAAAAAGGCUAAUAGAUGUUGUUCAUGUCAAAGAUACUAUUUUUGCUACUCUAAAACAAGAGAUUUAUUCUGCAUUAUCUCAUCACAAUCUCAACAUUCAAAAUGUUCGAGGUCAAGGGUAUGACGGGGCUAGUAAUAUGCGUGGAGAGUGGAAAGGGUUACAACUAGCUCUUGUUGCUGCGGCUAAAGAAGUUGUUGAUGUUCAUGCUUUUUUCCAAAGUUUGAGUAAUAUUAUCAAUGUUGUGUGCUCUUCUUGCAAAUGCAAUGAUGAAUUACGAUCUGCUUAUGCAACUGAAAUUUCUCAUUUAGUUGCAACUAAUCAAAUUGAAACAGGAAGGGGAGCUAAUCAAAUUGGCACAUUAAAAAGAUCAGGAGAUACCAGAUGGAUCUCUCACUUCAACUCAAUUUGUAGCCUUUUACGUAUGUUUGGAGCAACAACUUCAGUUCUGGAAGAUUUGGCUACUAAUGGAUCUACAUAUUCUCAACGUGGUAAUGAUACUUAUGCUCUUAAAUCUUUAUUAUCAUUUGAUUUUGUUUUCAUUUUGCAUAUGAUGAAAGAAAUAAUGAGAAUCACUGAUAAACUUUGUCAAGCAUUGCAACAAAAAUCUCAAAACAUUUUGAAUGCUAUGCAUCUGGUUUCUAGUACAAAGUCAUUGAUUCAACAGUUAAGGGAUAGUAAUUGGGGAGCACUUUUGGAAAAAGUUAGUUCUUUUUACAAUGAUCAUGCUAUUCAGAUACCUGAUAUGAGUGCUUCUUUUAGUGACCUAAUUCGAUCUCAUCGUAAAAAGGAUGUUGUCACUGUUGAACACCACUACCAUGUUGACAUUUUUACUAGCGUGAUAGAUUUUUAA